GCGGCGCUGCGCCCCCUCUGGCGGCUGCGAGCGCACAUGGCCUUUUGGGUCGACUCGCUGCAGUACUACCUGCAGGUCGACGUGCUCGACGUGGGCUGGCAGGCGCUGGCCGCGGCGGCGGCGGAGGAGGAGGACUUCGAGGCGCUCGCGGCGGCGCACGAGGCGACGCUCGCCUCGCUCUCCUCGCAGUGCUUCCUGCAGGCCGGCUCCGUCUCGGCGGCGCUCCACUCCCUCUUCCAGCUCUGUCUCGCGCUCUGCCGGCUGGCCGAGCUCGCCGACACGGGGCUGCGGCAGCCGGCGGAGUGGGCGGCGCAGGUGGACGCAAUCGCGCGCGAGUUUGAGCGGCAGACCUCCUUCCUCCUCGCCCACCUCUCGAGCCUCGCCAGCCCGCAGGCGUCCCCCCACCUCAGUCAGCUGCUGCUCCGGCUCAACUUCAACGGGAUGUUCCGGGUUGGAGGGUGA